UAGCAAUGUUUUGCUUCAUCCUGAAUGAAGACGCCAUGCAUCGUUGUCUGAUUGUGUCCUGUCUCGUGAUCCUCGCGAUUGCUUGUCAGUCCAAUGCCAAACCUGUAAAGCGUGCUGAAGGAAACCCCCAUGAGCUUAUGGUACCUGGCCAGGGACAAGAUAACAAGUGUUUACAGUGUAAACUAUCGGAUAAGAUGACUUUAGCCGAGUGCUUGCUGAAACCAGAAUCUGAUCCUGAUAAAUAUGAACAAUGUACAAGCGCACGACCUGAAUGCAUGAGUCAACUGUUGGUAACGAACAGUGUUUUUUUAUUUAUAUCGGCGUGUCAACAAACAGAAGCUUGUAUCGAAGAAUCCAAAAUGGAACCAAAUUUUAAUGAAUGUAGUGUAGCUUCAUUCUACGUGACGCCGAACUGUACAUAUUGCUGUGAUAACAACACUAUCACCCAAGGGUAUUAUUGCCCACCACUUCGAGAUACACUCACUUGCACAGUACAUGGAGAUCCGCGUUUUAAAACUUUUGAUGGAUACAAGUAUCACGAAGGUGGUGAUUGUGCAAUGUAUUCUCUCAUGCACAGCGCCUCUUACACAAUUAACCGAAUAGACGUUAGAAUAACUGAGCACAAAACCAAAGACCAUUAUCGUGUAGGAUCGGUGAUACUGUUGAAUGAAGAUGAAACUUUUGAACUUGGAACUAAUGAUGGCGUCAAUCCUGUCACAUAUCUGCUUAUCCCGGGUGGGAUGACGUCACCAAUAGAUGAUGCAGUUCUCCCGAAAUACUAUGGUACGUACAAUCAAUUCCUAUUGAGCAAACAUAACGAUACGUAUCACGUUACAAUGGAUCUCGACUUGGACGGAUAUUACGACAUUGUCGUCAAGUGGGGCAUCAGAAGAGUAGAAAUUGACCUUUCUCGGCCGUACAGUUCAACUAUCUCAAUCCGUGGUUUAUGUGGUAAUGGAAAUGGUCGCCUUGUGGAUGAGAAGGUAACACGUGAAGGGACGAUAACAACAAGUGAUGAGGAAUUUCACAGAAGCUGGGGUGAAGGAAAUGGUUGCGGUUCGUUUCAAAGAUAGAACGUCACAAAUCACCUGAAUUCUGAGAGGCGACUAAUACAUAUUAUACAUAUUACUGAUGUCGUAGAAAAGUGUGAUGUAAUUUGAAUUAAUAAUUCUGAGGUGGAGGGUGAUCACUCGAAUGUAUUUUGUGUUAUUGGAGUAAUAAAAGGGCUAUUGGGAAAUCAUCAA